AUGGCGGCAGCUGACUCCUUCUCAAGUCUCCUUAAAGAUAAAAAGUCACUGUCUCCAUUCUGUCUCGUACACAGUCUACAAGGAAGACCCUGUCCCUCUGAUGAUGGAGGGGAGGAAGAGGAGGAGAAAGAAGAAGAUAGACUAAACCAAUCAAGUUUGAGUGUCUCGCUUUUUGAAAGUCCCCAUUCAAAGCUACCUCCGUCUACUGUCCAGCCAAUCAGAACACCGUCAAAUAAUGUUGCCACACCUUUGACACUUCAAGUCGAUUGUGUUGAUAGGGUGUGGUCUUCAGCCAUGGCCACACCCACAUCAAAGAAGUCUCAUUUUUCGUCGAUUAGUGAAUUGGGAACUAGUUGUAGCUCAAUCGACCAAUCAGAGAGAGAGAAGGAGAAGAGAGGAGAGAGGGAGAUUAGGGAACGUGCUAGGAAUCAAGGAUCGGAGAUAAUAGUUCGUAGGUUAUUUCAUAGCCAGCCUGAGGCCACACCCAAUUUGCAUAAUGACUCAAUCAACAAAAAUGAUGACAUGAUUUCUGACGUUGAUCUAAACCACACCCACAACAGCAUGGACUUGUUUCAUGAUAGGGAAGAGGAAUAUUUGGAGACAUCUCCACAACUGAUGUUAUCAGGGGGUCCGGAACAUUCUCUAAUAUUACCGGAACACGUGGAAGAAGACAUGGAAGAGGAUGGGAAGGAAAAUUUAGAAAUUUUUUAUGAUUCGCUCCUCACUCAAGGGACCCAACCCACUCCAAUAUUAGAAGUGAAGGGGCCCGAAGCAGAUGCAUGUAUUUCACCUUCCAAGGGGUCUUGUGAAGAUAUUAAUACAGAAGGUAUGGAAACAAAUGCAUCACCUGAGAAGGGGUCCUGUACUGUUGAUCCAAUAUUGGAAGGCAAGGGUCUGAGACACAUGUCGCUAGAUGUACUUUUCAUGAGCAACAGUCAGUUAGAUGCUAUAGAGACCAAACCACUCUCUCAAGAUCACACUCAGCCUAAGGAAACAUGCCAGAGUAAUGAAGCUAAAAGAGAAGCAGUCAAUGAAAUCCAAAGUGAAAGUGUCUCUCUGAAGAGGAUACACUCACCUGAGUCACAACAACUCAACAAGAAAUCUAAAUCAUUGCAACCACUCCCACAGUUAAAAGCUACACCUACUUUAGGUGGAGCUUUAUCAGACAAUCAAUUGAAGAGAAAGAUGUCAACUUUCACUGGGUACCAGACUCCUCUCUCUCGUCCAAAACCCUCCACUAGUUCGUUUAAAGUCCCUCGGCCUAGAGGAGAGGUCAAUGAGAGAGAGGAGAGACAGUCUAUUGAGAGAGUUUUGAGUAGUUUCAAUCCUUUGUCAACUUCCACUCCGUCGGUGGUAAAGGCUCAGGGGGUCCGGUCUCUUUUUAAAACUGGGUCUGGGAAGGAUUUGAUGAUUUCAGACCACUCAAUCGAGAAAGCAAAAUUAAUUUUUGAUGACGAGGAAAAGAAAAAUGAUGAAGGAGGGAAGACUGAUCUUAUGAAGGUUGAUGAUAGUGGCUGUGAUCAAGGAGAAGAAAGUGGGUGUGGUUUAGAAGAUAGCGAAGGAUGGACUGUAGCAUCUGAUUUUGACUGGGAAGAGUUUAAUACUUUCACUCAAUUACCCGGUGAUACUGUAAAUGGCCCUUCGACCAAUCAAAAUGAAGAUCCUCAAGUUGCCAUGGCGACAGUUAAGACUCCACCCAUUUUUGGAUUUAAGAAUGCUAGUGGGCGAGACAUAGCCAUCUCAAGUAAAGCACUGACAUUUGCUAAUAAUUUGCUAUCAGAUGAAAUGAAUGCCACACCUACCACUGUCAUGCCCAUAUUAAGCACCAGUAAAGGUCUUCAUGAAGCCAAUCCCAUUUCUUAUCAGAUAGGUUUCAAAACAGCUGGUGGUAAAGAUGUAACAAUAUCAAAGAAGUCGCUUGAAACUGCCAAAAGAUUAUUAAGUGAUGAUCCCAACAUUCAUGAAGCUCCUCCUACUAGUGCCACGCCCAUCAGUGGACUAGGAUUCACUACUGCUAGUGGAAAGAAUGUUAACGUCUCAACUAAAUCACUUGAAAUUGUCAAAAAAUUAUUUGAAGAUGACGAGGUUACUUCUAAACCCACUAAUCACUUAGGGUUCUCCACUGCUAGUGGGAAGGAGGUCCCAGUUUCGUCUCAAUCACUUUCAGUUGUUAGAAACCUUUUCUCGGAAGAUGCCAUGCCCAAUAUUACUAAUCCAGGUCCUAGUGCUAAUGUAGCCCCGCCCACUAAUAUUGGUUUUACUACUGCUGGUGGAAAGAGAGUCGAUAUUUCUGAGAAAUCACUUCAAGCUGUCAGAAGGAUUUUUGCUGACGAGGAAACCCCACCUACCAAAGCCCCACCUAUCAGUACAUCAGCUCUGCCCAUUCAUAUUGGUUUCACUACUGCCAGCGGUAAAGGUGUGGAUAUAUCGGAAAAAUCACUUGAAGCUGUGAGAGGAAUUUUUGCAGAUGAUGAAAAUGCAUCUGCAAUAGCCCCGCCCGCUAAUAGAUUAGGUUUUACGACAGGGAGUGGAAAGGAAGUGAGUGUUAGUGAUGAGUCUUUGAAAACUAUUAGGAGACUCUUUUCUGAUGAGAUUCCUUCAGAACCUCCACCCACUCGUGUGAUUGGUUUUUCUACUGCUAGUGGUAAAGGGGUGAGUGUUUCUACGGAGUCAUUAGAAGCAGUUAAGAACAUGUUUAGCGAUCAUCAUGAUGAUAAAGUAGUAUCAAUUUCUGAUAGAUCUCGUCCUUCAUCAGAAGCUGCUACCGUAAUGACUCCAUCAAUUUCAAGAACUAGUGAUACUUGGGAUAAUAAUAGUACUAAUGUUCUUAUGACGCCUAAUUUAGGAUUGAAAACCACACCUUUUGCCCCACCUACUAAGGUACCGGAAAGAACUGAUUCAUUGAGAAAACAAGCUACUAGUAGAAGAGGUCGUGUUUCCAGACCUGAGAGUCUAUUGUGUGACAGAAAUAGUACAAUUAAAGCUAAACGAGCAAUAUGUCAAGAUCCAAAGACCACACCUAUUGCCACACCUUCCCACAUCAAGUUUCAAAAAGAGACUCCCAACUCGAUGUCCUCCAAAUACCGUCGUCCUAAAAGAAUCAACCCGGUUUGGGAAGGUGACCUUUCUAGCGAUCUCAAGAGGUCACAGCCGACCACUCCCCCUCCCUCCUCCCCCCUCACCCCCAGUCAAUUAUCAUCCUUUACUAAUCUCAGCCCCCUUAGCCCCGGAACGCUCAACAGCAGUCGACUCAAUAUCAACGACUCUCUAUGUAACGCCCCUCCCCCACCUGUCCUCCCUCGGUCUCCUGGUCAGGUGGUCCAGGGACAAGAGGGAACCAUAACGAGGGCAAGGGGACGUCCUGGUUGCCAACGGAUACCAUUGAUUGCCAUGGCAAUGGAAAAUGGGAGGCUUGGCGGGUACAGCGAGGAAGAGUUAUUAAGUAAAGGGGUUUGUCCUAGUGUGCUCUCUGUGUCUGUUUCUAAUGCUUCCAGUUUUGUAUUUGAGGGGCGGGGUUUCUUUAGCCCUGCCUCCUUGAGGAGGGGAUGGGUCUGUGUUGGUGAUGGAGUUGUACUGAAACUAAGUGAGAGGAAUACAGCUGGAGCAGAGGAGCUAUGGAGUGCAUUUUCUCUCAGUCCUGGUGUUGAUGAUGCUCUUAUUAGUAAGGACUGGUUCACUAAUCACUACAAGUGGAUUGUAUGGAAACUGGCCACCAUGGAGAUAUGCUUCCCUGAGAAAUGGGCUGGAAGGUGCCUAACAGUUGAUUGGUGUCUCUUACAAUUGAAGUAUCGUUAUGAUAUUGAAAUAGAUCAAGCUAAAAGGUCUAUUAUCCAUAAGAUAUGUGAAGGGGAUGACACACCCACACGUCACAUGAUCCUCUGUGUAUGUCACAUGACACAAGAGACCAAUGCAAGCAAUGAAGUGGCUUAUUCUUUGGAGCUUACCGAUGGAUGGUAUUCUAUUCCGGCUAAAUUAGACAGACCAUUGUCCUCCUUUGCUGCUCGUGGUUUGAUAUGUGUGGGUGGGAAACUUGCUGUAUUUGGGGCGGAGCUAAGUGGAGAUCAAACUAAUGGACAUCCACUAGAGGUCUCCAAGUCCAAGUUAUUGUUAUUAAAUGCUAAUUCAGUGAGGAGAGCUCAUUGGUCGGCUCGUCUUGGACUAUUACCACACCCAGUCCCUCCCUCAUUUCCACUUCAAUCCAUUAUACCAGCUAGAGGCAUAAUACCAGCCAUUGAGGUCAUCAUUGCAAGAUGCUAUCCUUUGCUUUAUGUUGAGAGAGGGUCCUCCGAUGGAGAUGGGCGGGGCUUUAAUGGGCGUGUCUUCAGGAGACGGCACGAGGAGGAGAGAGUGGAGAGAGAGUGGGAGGAGAAGAGACAAAAGAAAAUGGAAGAGAUUUAUAAAAGAGUUGAGAAGGAGUACAAAGAAGAAGUAGAAAGUCACUCAAGACACAGAAAGAGAAGGUCCAGUAGGGUGUCAGUUCGUUAUGUUAAACAGCUCCAAGAUGGAGAGGAAAUAUACAAUCAACUGCAGUCCUCAUCAGAUCCUGACUCAUUCAUGGAGCUUCUUUCUUCUACUCAGCGUACACUUUUAGAGAGCUAUCAAGUUUCUCUUUCAUCAAAGAAACAAGAAGAGUUACAAUCACGAAUUAAGAAAGCAGUUGAAAAGGCCGGUGAAGAGUUGCCGCCCACUCGUAAUGUAUCCCAAUUACUGAGACUAGUACUGGUACAGUAUGGGGAAAUACCCUCUUCUACUUGUUGUUUGCUUAGUGCUUGGAAUGUGGGUGGAUCUGAAAUGAGAGAUAACCUUAAGGAAGGAGUUGCUCUUAGAAUAAGUAAAGUAUCAGCUAAUUCAAAUUUUCAUGAUGGACAAUUACAAUUAAGUUCAGGAAAGUUAACAUCUUUUUCACUCCUACCUAAAGACCAAUCUUACAUGAUUAACUAUACACAAAGACAAUUCACUUCUUUGUGUCAGUUAUCAUCAUACACUAGUAGAAGAGGAGUCCAGUCUCAAUACAAUGAGAUUGAUACUGUUGGUAUAAUCAUUACCACCUUGAGACAAAAACAAUUCAACAAUAAUAAAACCAUUGAUGUAUUGUAUUUAACUGAUGCUGACAAAUGCCUGCUCGUAAUUAAAGCAUGGGAGGGGCUCAAAUCUGUCGUUGGAGAGGGUGUGGUCACUGCUGGAUGCAUUGUAGCUGUUAGUAAUCUCCGCUAUCAAGUUGGGAGUGGUUUAGGGCCACCCACUGGUCAUGUGACUGAUCGUACAAUAUUCUCUCAACGUCCAAUCGAAGAACAUCUUUCAAAACCACUUGAUGAGCUAAAACAAAACUUACCAAAUGAUAUUUCACUGUACUUGCAAGAAAUGAGUGUUGCAAUCAGUCAGUCAGUCACAUGAGAAUUGUUUGAUGUUCAGAAUACAUUAUAUCAUUGUGUUAUAUAUGGACUUGUACUUUUAACAAUCAAUUAUGUAUCAUUUCUAUUCAACAAUUGAAAUUUAUCCUAUCUAUCAUUACUUGUAUUUAUUUAUUCAAUCAUUCAAUCCUUCUCUGUGUAACAUUA